AUGCCGCGGCAAGAUUAAAAACGGGUCAGAGUUCGCUCAGCUCAUGCGAAUUCAAAGCAAAGUCCACCGAUUUUGCAGGUACCAGCAGUUAACCCAGCUACCUGGCUUGUUUGUGCGUGGAAAUGAACAGAUCCAGGGCGUAUAUCGCGUGCCGAGAUUAAGUGCCAAUUACAAAGCAUUUUUGGCAUAGCCGAACUGCAGAGAGUGGCCGCCAUUGACGAUUGCACAGUGCAUUGAAUUGAAUACACCAAGACUGCAGUACAGACAAGUGACCGCGUCAUGGCCAAAGGAUUAACUCGAGUUUUAGAAUGGGUGAUUGUGGUGUAUUUUGCCAGUCACAUCUUCAUCACCGUCUUCUUCGACUCGCAGGCAAUCAUGCCUCAAUGGCUGUACCCGAAAAUGUUUGUAGAUGUCAUGAAAGAUUAUUCCGUGUACAUGAAGGAUGAAAUGAUGGCCGAUCCGUCUGCCUACCCGUGGUUCAUGUCAUUUGUCUACGGGGAAUGUCUGCUGCAGUUUCCAUUUUUCUUUGUUGCUACCUAUGCCUUUUACAAAGGCAGCUGCAAGUGGAUUCGAAUUCCAGCAAUCAUUUAUUCGGUCCACACCGCUACCACCUUACAAGCUAUCCUGGCUCACAUCCUCUUCCAGGAUUUCUCCAAAUCGCCCUACCCGGCCCCGUCCACCUUGGAAGAGCGGCUCAAGCUGUCGGCCAUUUACGUCCCUUACCUCCUUCUCCCCGUGCUGAUUCUUUUAUUGAUGCUGUUCAGUAGCGAUUACAAGCCAGCUGCAAACAAGCCUGCCACCAACACUGCUGCGCCUCGAACCCGGAAGCAGAAAAGCCGUUAAUCAGACCUGUACUGGGCGGGCAUGUUUUUCCAUUUUAUUAUUAUACACAACUGUCCGGGGAUACACCACAUACUUUCCUUCUGGAAUAUGGUUUUUAUCACCAGUCUUGAGAGGAGACUAGUCUUCACGUAUCAUGGAAACCUCCCCCUUUGAAAUGUUGGACUUCACUGCCCCUUGAAAUUCCUCCAGAGCCACGAUUAUAGCCUUUAUUCAAGUCGUGUUUCUCCAGGGGGUUGUGUGAAAGACAUUUUCACUGCCGGGUUGUCUUCCAAUCAAAACUGUCUGGUGAAAGGUACACCAGUGAUUUGAAUACAAUAAAUUUUCAGGUUAGGAAUACUUGUAUCUCA